AUUUUAGAGAUCAAUACAGGUAAGUAUAACAUCCAUCCAUCAUGGUUCGACGUUCCACCCGUACCUCUCGUACUCCAUCCCGGUUUGGUUACUCAGCUCGGUAUGAGCCGUACACAGUCAGGAAAGCUUCUGUACUGGUACCAGCUGCAGGCAGAAGGAAUGUAUCUACUCAACCACUCGUUAUUGAGAAGGCCAAGGAGACAGUGAAGCAGUUGAAAGUGACAGCCGUGGACCUGUGCUCUGAAGCUAACAAGAAGGCCCAUCACACAGAUGCGUACGAGGUCGAUCAACUGAUUCUUCGCAGGGGUCAGGUCAUGGACAUGUGUGUGACCUUUGACCGGGCAUACAGCAGCGCAAAGGACACUCUUUCUCUAGAGUUGCUUAUGGGUUCUAGACCAAGUGUGGCGUCGGGUAGCCGUGUUCCAAUUGACUUGGUGACCCGUGCUCCACCACCAGAUGACUUUGGUCUGCAGGUCGUCAGUUCAAGCGGUAACAAGGUCACCAUGAAAGUUCACCUUGCAUGUGAUGCUCUGGUUGGUGAAUACCAGCUGGUUGUUUGUACAGCACAGACUAAAGAAGAGGACGAAUAUCGCUAUGAGUGUGAAGAUGAUAUUAUCAUCUUAUUCAAUCCAUGGUGCAAGAAGGACGAUGUGUACAUGGAGAAUGAUAAAUGGCGUAAGGAAUACGUGAUGAACGAGAAUGGUGCCUAUUUCUAUGGAACAGCAUCAAACAUUGGAUCAUCUGCAUGGUACCAAGGACAGUUUGAAGAGGUAGCAUUAGAAUGUGCUCUUUACUUGCUGAAGAAGUCUCGAAUGACAUCCCGUCAUCGAUCUAGCCCUGUUGAAAUCUGCAGGGUCCUUUCUGCUCUGGUGAACUCCCAGGAUGAUGACGGUGUUCUAGUAGGUAACUGGAGUGGUGAUUAUUCUGAUGGUGUAGAACCUACCGCAUGGAAUGGUAGUAUCUCUAUCCUGUCACAAUACAUGAAGACUGAGACUCCUGUAGAGUAUGGACAAUGCUGGGUCUUUGGAAGUCUUCUCACUACAUUGUGCCGUACCCUUGGUAUUCCAUGCCGUACCAUUACAAACUUUGAGUCUGCCCAUGACAGUGAUGCUAAUCUCACUCUUGAUUAUCACUUCAACGAGGAAGGAGAUCCUCUAGAAGACUUGAAUGAUGACAGCAUCUGGAACUUCCAUGUGUGGAAUGAUGUCUGGUUUGCACGACCUGAUUUGCCAGAGGGCUAUGGAGGAUGGCAAGCAUUGGAUUCUACACCUCAAGAAACUAGUCACGGUGAAUUCCGGAUGGGACCAGCUUCUUUGAAGGCUAUCAAGCAAGGUCAUGUGUAUCUAGACUACGACACCAAGUUUGCUUUCUCCGAAGUCAAUGCUGAGACCGUCUACUGGACAGUACCCAAGAACGCUCGUCACGCUCCUCAAGUGAUUACUACUGAUCCCAAAGGAGUAGGGAAUCACAUCAGUACCAAGGCUGUCCUGGCUGAGUCUCGUCAGGACAUCACAGAGGAAUACAAGUAUAAAGAAGGUUCAUCUCUGGAGCGCAUUGCUGUGUACAAUGCUAGUCGCUAUGUGGCAAAGAACAAGAACUUCCGUAAAGACAUCAAGCAGGACGUAGAGUUUGAGGUUGUCUUAGCAGAUGGAACCAUGAUCGGUAAAGACUUUUCUGUCAAGGUGAUUGCAACUAACAAGAGCAGUACGACCCGAAGUGGUUCUGUGACCUUGACAGGAAGUACAGUCUUCUACACAGGAGUCAGGAAGACCAGAGUCUACUCAUCUAGGAGGACGUUCUCCAUGAGAGCUGGGGAAAGUGAGACGGAGACCUUUACAGUAGAAGCUGCUGAUUACAUGCCUGAGUUGACAGAGUACGCUGGUUUUACUUUCUUCAUCAUGUCGUCUGUGACUCAAACUAAACAAGUCUUCAGCAUUCAGAAAGACUUUGUACUCAACAAACCUACCUUGGAACUCAGUAUCACUGAGGAUUUGAUGGUUGGUCAACCUAUGAGGCUUUCUGUCACAUUCACCAAUCCUUUGGAUAAGGCUAUCAGGAAUGGAGUGUUCCGCAUUGAAGGACCGGAUAUCGAUGGAUUCAAGGCUGAUAAGUUCAGAGUGAUCCAACCCAACGAGAAAGUGACCCAUGUAGUGAGAAUUGUACCAAAGAGGACAGGCAACCGCAGGUUCUUUGCUAACUUCAGCUCAGACAUCUUGAUUGCCUUAAAGGGAAGCAGUACCUUUGUUGUGGGUCCUUCAGCCUAAGCUUCCACUCACAUCAGGGCUUAUACAACUAAUUAAUGUUUAGUGUGGGCAGAUUUGUUAAGUUGUAAUGAUUAAACUGUGUCUUCCAACUGUGAAAUAUAUCACUUAUCCUGGUGUAAGUCUAAUGCAAUAACUUUC